GAACCGCUCGGCAGUAGAUCUCCAACGUUCGUGACGAUCAGUCCGGUCGGGAUUUCAGUGCGUACCUGUGUUAAAGAACAUCGUUGUUUUGGGGGCAACUGGAUCGAGUGAGUGAUUCGUGGUAUGUUAUUUGAGUGGAAAUAACAAUUACAUUCUUCUAUCUAGUGGUACGAUUAGUGAGUGAUUGGCAGGGUGUGGGCAGCUAAAGUGAAGGUGAAGUGAAUUUCCGAUUGAAAAAAAAAGCCGGAAACGGCAGAUUAAGCAGGCACAUUCCGAGUACAUUUCUGGAAUUGGAGCAUUUGUGCUGGAACCCUGUAUUAUUUGUAGGCACGUUCCCGACGGAGACGGCAAUAACCGACACGGAAUUACGGUGAAUUUGCAUAACUAAGAAGGUUUUUCCGCUGGCCCAACAGCAUGGAGGCCCAGACGGCUCUGGUUCUGACGAUCCAGUUGAUUGCACUCUUUUCGAUCGCCGGUGCACUGCUGCUCUAUCUACUGUGUAAGGUUCGUGGAACCCGCGAUGAUGGCAACGGCUCACAGAAGGGAUCGAUCCUGGUGACGUGCGCGGAUACCGCCCUUGGGUUACAGAUCUGCACCUUUUUCGCUAGCAAAGGACAUCGGGUGUUUGCCGGUAUGAAGGAUCCCAUGGAGUCCCUUCCGGCUAAGCUUUUGAGGGGAUGGAUGAAAAUGCGCGAAAGCUCGGAUACUCCGGUUGCCGGUUCGGUGGUACCGCUUCGGAUGGACGUCACUCGAGAGGACAUACUACGGGAGGCGGCCGAAGCCAUGGGCAUUCAUCUGAAUGCUGGUGAGCGGGGUAUUUUGGCCGUGAUCAACACCGCUGGAUCGGUGUAUCGUGGCCGGAUUGAUUCGCAGGAUUCGUUACAAUGGGAAAACAUGUUCAAGAACAAUGUCAUGGGAUGUUUAAGAACGGCUCGGGCCUUCAUUGGACUGCUGAGACCGACGCGUGGUCGGUUGAUCUUGCUAGGAUCUGGCAAUGAAGACGAUGGUUUGACAGUAUUUACGGCUACCAGAAACGCAGUUCAGGGCUGUGCUGAUGCACUACGAAAGGAACUGAAACCGUACGGAGUUAGUGUGGUAACGCUGGAUUCUCGAGGAGUCCCUGCUGAGGCUCUGUUCAAGGCUCCCAUACCGUACACAAUCUCCGAUGAGGAAGGAGUUCCGACCCAGUACAGUGCUGAAGUAUUGACGAGUUCCGCCCUGGGAGUAAUCGAACGAGCCCUGUACGAUACGCGACCGAAUGAGACCUACUGUCUGUCCGUGCCCAAUACAAAAUUCCAAGUUAGAUUGCCAUGUCGAUCGUCGUUCAAAGUUUCCGGUGCCAGCAGCAAGCAGGAGUCGAAACCACUGGAAAAUGUCUGACGGCGCCACUGUCCAUUUCGGCUACAUUUCACUAUUGUUCGCUUUAACGUGUAUCCACCAACCCUUGGCCGUUAGUCCCGUGAAUGCCGAGAGCGAAAGAUUUCAAAUUGUGCCUUUAUUUCCGCUUUUAUUCGGAACGCUAUGUAACAGGAACAAGAUUCUGUUGUAAACGAUUCGUGCUCAAAACUAAGGAACAAAACUACAAACAUCAGAUCCGCAUUGCACUUAGUGCAGCAGUUUGAAAAUCGACGGUUUCUUCGAAGCGCUUUGUUUUUAAGUCAUGUCCUUUUUAUGUAAAAUACUGAAAAUAAACGAAAAUGAUUUCUACUUGAAAAAUAAA